AUGAGUACACCCGACGUUUAUAAAGGCUAUGUAUCUAGACCUAUUACUGCUUCCACCAGGCCUUCCUUAGACGAAGUGGAUGAAAUUAUGUAUUCAGAAAAUCAACAGCAAAAUGAAGAGGUUGAAGCUAUAGACAGCUGUUGCACAUCGAAUGGGAUUAACUCUAGAGAGUAUGCCUCGUCAGUGUCCAAAAGUUUAACUUAUGACAUUUUCAAAAGAUAUUUUCAAAUGAAUCCCCAAUUUGCCUUCGAGAACAACAGUGAUAUUACUCUGGAUGGCGCUGCAAAGAAUCCCGAAGAUAAAGAUCCUAAAAAUGAGAAGACUGCUGAUGAUUCUGUUGCUUCUGCACGUCGUAGAAAUUCAAUAGGUCUAAAUUAUGAAGUGCCUUCAGAAACUGAGACAGAUCUAAAAUUAUUACCGCUUAAAGUUGCCAAACAUGAAAGCGUGGAAACUUCUACUACUGUUAAUAAGAAAACCUCUGAAAAUACCAAUGAAAUUAAAACCCAGCGCCAAGAUUCGUUGUCAAGCAUUGAGUGUAAGUUAGAAGUUUUAAUACAGUCUAUAAAUACGUUGGUUACAGAGAUUAAGGCAAAGCCUGUAUCACAAUGUUUGACUAAUAAUAGUAAAAUGACUAUAUCUCGAAGUAUUGAAACAGUUCCACCAAACACUGAACCUGUUCUUCAAAAGUUGGACGAGAAUAGAAUCAGUCAGUUGAAAUGUAAUUCACCAUGCUUGUUCCAAAAUACUAAUGUUGGUAAAAUAGAUAAAAUUUUGUUAGAAGAAAUUAAUAAAAGUAAUGAAGUGAAGAAAGACAUAGAAAAUAUUCUGAAUGGUAAUGUGUCAAAAUCAUGUGCUGUUCAAAUAACUGCUGACCAUAUUCCAACUCGAGAACAUUCAACUGAAGUGACUGAUUCUUUAUUAAAAACUGAAGUGAAUAGUACUGUUGAUCAACAAAGAAUGAUUCCAGAGGAAAAUAGGACAAUGGCUGUAAAUACUGAUCCUCUAGGGCUGCUAGCUCUGCUAAGGAUAUCUAAAGAAUCUGUUAAGCAUGUUUUAUCAUAUAUGCAGAAUUUUCCAUAUCAAUAUUUGCUCCAACUACCAUUCCCAAAGGAGAAUAGUAUAACGCCAUUCAUUUGCAGCAUUUGUAGAGCAGGAUUUACUACGCCGUCUCUUUUAACGGAACAUACUCAGAGUCAUGUUAGAAACAGAGAUUGCUGCGUCUGUCGCCAUCUUACUGGGGCUCAGGCUAAUGACGAUAAAGCAUUAAACCCUCGCCGUAUGUUCUGCUGUGAGUUCUGCAGGAAGCCGUUUUCCAGGGCCUACUGCUGCUUCGAUCACAUAUUCGUCGAAGCUUUCAGGCUAAUCUAUAAGAUCUGCGCGUCUAACAUAACAACGUCUUUAGGGAGCUGUAGCGUCUUCCUCGACACUGAAGUGCAUCUGCCAUGUUCCCUGAGGUACUACAAAAUGCUUGGAUGCUUCCUGGCGAAAAAAUCUACGUCAAAACUACAAAGAGUGCCGGGGAGAAGCAACAACAAUUAG